AUGGGCUUUUUAACCAUCGCAGUCCGCCGAUCUGGGAGUGUUGCUAAGAGAUGCACAGUGGCAGAUGGUGAGAAGCUCCCUUGUGGGGGGUCUUCAUCCAUCACUCAAGCAGACUGUGAAGCCAACAACUGUUGCUACGAUUCGAGCAGCAGCACCAGUCCAUGCUACUAUGCCAAUGAUGUGACUGUGCAGUGCACCCUGGAUGGCCAGUUUGUGGUGGUGGUGUCUAUGAAUGUGACCCUUCCUCCCCUGGAUCUUGGCUUCCUCCAGUUGGUGGACAGCAGUUCCAUUGGCUGCAGCCCUGUGACCAGCCUGUCCAGCUUUGUCAUGUACCAGUUUCCAGUCAGUGCCUGUGGCAGCACAGUUCAGCUGGCUGGUGGCAAUGUGACCUACCAGAACGCCUUGUCUGCUGCCAUCACUGUGAGGACUGGUCCAGAUGGUUCCAUCACCAGGGACAGUGUCUACAAGUUAUUCUUCCAGUGCACCUACUCGGGAAGCCAGGAUGUGCAAGUGGAGGCUGAGGUGUAUACUGUGGCGCCACCUCUUCCAGUAGUAGAGCAAGGGCCAUUUGACCUGGAAUUGGUCAUUGCAAAAGAUUCCUCCUAUGGCUCCUACUAUGUGGAUGCGGACUACCCAGUGACCAAAACACUGAGGGAUCCUGUGGCUGUGGAAGUGCACAUCGUGAACAGGACUGACCCUAACCUUGUUCUGACACUUGGAGACUGCUGGGUCACCCCAGGACCUUCUGCUUCCAGCCAGCCCCAGUGGAGCCUUCUGGUGAAUGGCUUGGUGACUGUGGACAGCACAUCUGGAGUGGCCAUCUUCAUCUACUGUGUUGCGGUUGCCUGCUACCCCUCUGCCACAGACCCCUGUACUCAGACUUGCCCUGCUAAAAUGAGCAAAGGUGAGAGGUCGAGUAACUCCGGAUGGGACAAGAAUUCAGAAUUCUGCAGAAUCCACGAUGAUGGAGAUUAUCGUGGAUUUUAUCAGGAGGAGGACAUGGUGGACAUGUCUGUGGGUAUCGAUUGA